AUGGAGUCUCUCACGAUCUCCCGGCCAAUCGGGUAUCUUAUUUCGGCCAUCACCUCUACAUCUGUCAUCAUCACAAAGUUCAUUCGCUCCGUGCUCCUGUCUCAUGCGGAUCUAGCCCCAGUCAACCAUGACUUGUCCGACCUCCGUCUUCUCCUUGAACUAAUCAAAGAGCAGCCUGCGAUCCCAGAAUCACUGCAGUCCCAGACACUGCUCGUACUGGAGUGUUGUGGCAAUGCCCUUAUACACAUCGACGCUGUCCUGGGGAAGUAUACCGGACCAGAACAAUGGGUUACAUAUGGCCGCACGGAGAUGGCAAACUGUCGUAGCAGUAUUGCAAUUUUUCGUGAAGCGCUUGCCCUGGUGCUUGAUGUUGCUACCUUGCUUUCCAUCCGUGAUUCAAGCGAAGCAAAGACGAUUCAAGACACAAUCGCGAGCACUGUCGAGCAGAUUCAGAGUAAUGCGUCGUCGGUAAAGUUCAUUGACGAUGAUGUCCAUCUAGCCCUUGAUUUCUACCUCCAGGAAGUUCUAAGCUAUACUCAACCUUCAUCAGCACAAACCCCGACUGUCAAGCUCUCUCCCGUCUCCCCAACCAGCAGGCGCUCUAAGGAGAUUUGGGCAAGACUGAGUGUAAUAAGCCUCAAAGGACAGCCGUCUAUUCAAUAUUUUACCAACCAUCCAUUACCCUCGGAACUUCGAGGUGCCGGAGACAAUGGACUAGCCCAGAGUAAUCAGCAUCAUCUCCGUCGUGACGGCAGCGACGGAAAUUAUGAGCACUCCACUCCGUUACUUUCAACCAAGCCGCACUUUUACGAGGAGCCUCAACAGUUCGACCCACGACAGAGUUCCGUUGGCUACCCCGAGUCCCCUGUACUUCCAGUUAAUGAGCGUCAUUUGUCAACGGAAGCCGUGCGCACUUCGAGUUGGCUAGUCCACAGGAUGCAGCCGGGUUCUUACUCAUUUCAGUCCGAGCCAUUACACCAGGGGCUCACCUUUCAGCAAAGACUGUUCCAGAGUCAUCAACGGUCAAAAUCUGGAGCUCCGAGCACAGCAUUGUUUUCACAGCUGUCAAGGGAGACGCUGGCUAGCUCCUCUGCUCCAUCAGCACAUACCGGCGAAUUCGAUGCAGACGCCCCUAAAGCAUCGUCGAUCUCUCGGGGCUCUAUCCUCCAAACCCCCGUGACUGCGUAUUACCCUACCCGUUCAGCCUCUUCUACGGCCAGUCUAAGCUUCGUUGUCCAGACUCCAAUGUCGCCACAACUCUCUGCACGUGCUGCAGAUUAUUCGCUAACACCAACGCCUCUAGAAUCUGGACGUGCCCUUCCUAUUUACACAGUCUCAACCAUUGGAAAUUUUCUUAGCGGCACAGGCCACUUGGACCAGUUGACCUUAUUCGACCCAACAGCAGCCAGCCCACACCAGUUUCGCAUACAGCUUGUUCCUGUUCGACAUUUAGUGGACAAGGCCAAGGGGAAGGGGAAUGAGGUUGUCCACAUCGAUACCUCUCCUCUUGCGGGCUUUUUAGUCACCAAGCAUGCCAACAAGCAGGUGAAGAUAUGGUCUCUCUCGAAGAACAUUGUACACGACACGGUCAAGAUCACAUCCUACGUCCAGCCGCGAUUACGAUCACGAGAAUACUUUGUCCGCGGCCAUGCGGUCUUGUCUGAGGCUGCGUCACUGAUCGGCAUCAGCACGCAUUUUGGCAUUACUCUCGAGAUCUACAACUUCGCCAAGGGUAGUAUCAGCUCAAGAAAGCCCGUGCAGGUGAUCGAAGAAGCGUACCGUUGGGCAUCGGCCUCUCGCGACGCGCUUCAUAUCAACUACGCCCCGUUGGCCGUCUACCGGCCGAAGCUUGAUCGCAUCGAUCGGUACUUCCUCUCCUAUCACCCCGGGGGAAGGCAAAUCUUUGUUGAGGACCCCAAUCAGUCCAUUGAGUUUCUCAAGGCCGGCCUACCUUUCGUUCCCAAGUUCCCUGACCUUGCCUACAACUCUGAUCCCCCAAUGCUCGUAGCAGCUGCAGGUCCUCGUCCAGGGGAUCAUCCUCGGACGUACACCACGAUACUCAUCGCAUGGCACAUGCGACCAAAGUCGGCCGCUCAUCGCAUUCAUGGUCCAUCUCCCUACCACUCAGCCACCUUGACAGACGACUCCCGCCACAAACCGUACCGCGUCUGCGUCCCCGAGUACCCCGCCCUCCAAACCGCCCUCCCGUGCUGUCUCGUCGCGCACGGCGACAGAGCCAUCUCCGUCUGGAUUCCAGCACGCGAUCCCGCCACAGUCGCGCAAUCUGCUUCUCUCUCAAAGCACAUCCUCCAACCCAGUCCCAUCCACAGUCCAUCAGCCCCCAAAAACCCACACCUCUACGCAAACAAUCGCUAUGUGCUGAUCUGGCAUCUUUCAACCAAUACCACUUCCCUCUUCCCCAUUCCCCUCCACGCCCACGCAUGUAUCUCACCGGACUGCCAACUCCUAGCCUACUUCGACGCAACCACCAGCAGGGCAGUGAUCAUUGAUCUCUCCUCCGUACCACACAAUCCGCCGGAGGAUGUCUGGAGGUGGCCGGAAGUUGCUAAAAAGAAGGGAUUUGUUGGGCUUGGGGGACAAUUUGCUAACUUGGAGAGUCCCAAUGCGAAUGUCAAUCAUAAGGAGAAAGGGGGCAGUGCGGCUACGUCUACCGCAUUGAGCGUAUUUGAGUUUUCAAGAGAUGGAAAGUGGCUUGUUGUCGGGGAUGCGGCGGGGAACGUUGGGGUGUAUGAGGUUAGAAGGGUGGAAGGGAGAGUUGAGUUGAUGGGGGAUUUGAGAGUCGGCCAAAAUAUCAUCUUUGCUUUGGAGAUCUCGUCGUAA